UUCGAAUGGAAGGAACAACUUCGCCUUCAGACAUUCAUUUGAAGUUCGAGUUUAGUUUCUGGAUAAGCUUUAAUGAACGGAUUGGAUUUGAUCCGAACCAAUCCGGUUUUCUCUUUGAAUGGUUGACUCAUGAUGUUAAGGUUGUGAGAUGGCGAGAAAGCUAUGUUAAGGUUGUUCCAGAGGAGGAUAGUGGUGUCGAGGAACUUCCAAUGGCGGAGGACAUAUCUAUGGAGGGUGAGAGAGAGACAGAGAAACAGAUCAUAUAUCUCUCAAACAGAAAACCAAUUUAUCAGAAGAAGGAAGGGAAGGAUCCGAGGGAAAAAAACCAAUUUAUCAGAAGAAGGAAGGGAAGGAUCCGAGGGAAAAAAACCAGACAAUCGCCGGUUUCAUUAGCAGGCGGCGAGAAAAGAGCAAGAAACACGGGAAAGUAA